AUUUGAAAGGAUAUUUGAUUAGCAUACGUCUAUUCACUGAAGCUGGAGGGGUGUGGCAAUCUAACAUCAUUAGUCCAAUUGACUGGAGAUGAAACUGUUUUUACAGUGCCCGUGUUUAUGACUUGGUGUCAUCACCUUGACUAUAAGACUUAAUUACUAAUUCGUCCUGAAAUGGUUUAAUAGACUAAAUUUGAUCUCGAUAGACACAUGGUGUGCCGGUUGUCUUGUCAUUCUGGCCAAGAAGCCAACCAAUCAACGAGCUGCAUUUUCGCGCAUGCGUGAUUGUGAAGACAAUGAAAUGGGUGCUCCUGAGUACGAGUUAUUUUGAGUCAAUUCAUUUUCGAAGUUGUGAGAACAGAAGAGUUCAUAGUAAAUACCCGACAAGACCGAUUGGAUUCUUACAAUGGGGUCAGCGGAACUUCGCAAGGACCUGGAGAAGUUUUUAGAAGAACUUGGCAUCGAAACGGUGUCUGUUGACCACCCAGAGGUGUUCACUGUGGAGGAGAUGAUGCCUCAUGUGGAGCACCUGAGCGGUGCGGUCACCAAGAACCUCUUCCUGAAAGACAAGAAGAAGAAGGGCCUGUGGCUGGUCUCAACCCGGCACGACCGCCAGGUCAACCUGAACGACCUGGCCAAGAAGCUGGGCGUGGGCAGUGGGAACCUGCGCUUUGCCGACGAGGCCAUCAUGCUGGAAAAGCUUAAAGUGGGACAGGGCUGUGCUACCGCGCUAGCCCUCUUCUGUGACAAGGAGAAGAGUGUCAACUUUGUCCUGGACAGUGACCUCUUGGAUGGGGGGCACGAGAGGAUCUACUUCCACCCCAUGACCAACGCCGCCACCAUGGGACUCAAACCAUACGACCUCAUCAAGUUCCUGAAAGAGACUGGACACAAGCCGGUGCUGCAGAUCUUUGAGUAGAAGACACUACCAGUACCAGGGCUCUAAAUUAACACCAGCCAACUGGCCAAAUACUGGUGAAAUUUCAGUUUACGUAACUGGUAGAAAAGACUAACUUACGAGCCACUUACGAGGUGUGUGUUUGGCUUGUAAGAUUAACAUCUAAUAGCCAUUUUGGCCGGUGACAAAAAACACAACAUAAUUUAGAGCCCUGGACACUACAGAUGCUCAGCGACACUUCCUGAGGUCCAAGUGGGGAUUUCAAAUGGGAGGUGAACUCGGGAUCAGUGCAAAAAAUGUCUAAUUAUUUGGUCCACAACUUGAACUUAUCCAGGUGAAGUGACUAUAACGGCAUAGGCUACUGUAAUACCCCGUCGCCGCUGUAUGCAUUUCACCACCUCCAUGUUACAAAACCCUCCAAGCCCAUAGCCUGUACCUUCAUGUGAAGCGAUCAUGUCCCGUGCCAAGCCUUAAUUAUGCUGUCAAUCAACGUACUUUAAAGUAUUGCAUAAACUCAUUUAAGUGUCAAGUGUCAACUCUGAUAAAUGUAACACUGAGGAAGAUUAA